AUGACGGACGUAUGGCGGCGACGCUGCCUCGCUGCGUGCGACGACCUCGAGGAGGAGUAUCAGCAAGCGCUGCACGAAAUCCAGUACCGCGCGGCCAAGACCAAGGCCGAGACGCCGCUACCGCCCUCCAAGCCGCUUCAGAAGCUGCUGCUGAAAGAGGCCGACUUUAUCGCUCGCAGCAAAUAUCCUUUAUACUGCCGAGAGUGCGUGCAGCAAGUCUCUGAAUCCGAUACCUUUGACCACGAUGCUCGACACCGAAGCGCGCAAGCGCAAGAGACAAUGCGUCAGCUGCAAACCCUCUGGAGCACGUUUCAGUGCAAGCAAAUCCAAGUCGCGGACGAUCUCUAUGUAGAGUACCGCCGUCUUUGCCAGAGGCAGCCGCCGGAUCGAGGCGUCCAAACGAUGGCCCUGUACACGCGUGACCAAUCUGCGUCCGAGCAUAACUGCGCUUCUAUCGAGACGCGACCAGCUAUGGACGCAGAAGAGUGUCGUGUCGCUGUCAAGGACCAAGCAUGGAGCGACCAUGAGCGCUUCCACAUCAACCACGCACUGGAGAGCGCAAAGAAGCGUAUUCGAGCCGAGCACACGGCGUACGAAGAACGGCUCCAGGCGCAGGUCGACGACGAGAUGCACAAGCCUCUCGACGAGCCUCCACUGUGGGAGACCCGCCGCGACAUGCUUGUCUCUCGACAGCGCAUCGCUCUCGAGGCAGCCCACCGCCAGCAAAAGGUGACGCUGCGCCACUUGAGCCGCCAACACUUGCGCCACCUCGUCGAGAUCGACUGCCACAAUAUGGUCUGCACUUACACGGCCUUGGUCACCGACCAGCAGAAAGCGGGCAUGCGUGCGAUGCGGCAGUGGGUGGCAGCUCUACUGUACGUCCAGCGCUCAAGUAUAUUGACAGCAGAUCUUGCAGCUACUGCUUAG